GCGGCGCCCAGGCGGUGCCACGCAGACUUCCGCCCCGUGCGGAGACCUAAAGCUGGCAGCGGGUCGCGUCGCAGGUGAAGUGGUGACGCGCGGUGUGGAGCCGCGACCCGGGCAACAUGUCGGAAGGAAACGCCGCCGGCGAGCCCAGCACUCCGGGAGGGCCCCGACCCCUCCUGACUGGGGCCCGGGGGCUCAUCGGGCGGCGGCCGGCGCCUCCUCUCACCCCCGGCCGCCUUCCCUCCAUCCGUUCCAGGGACCUCACCCUCGGGGGAGUCAAGAAGAAAACCUUCACCCCAAAUAUCAUCAGUCGGAAGAUCAAGGAAGAGCCCAAGGAAGAAGUAACUGUCAAGAAGGAGAAGCGUGAAAGGGACAGAGACCGACAGCGAGAGGGGCAUGGACGAGGACGAGGCCGCCCAGAAGUGAUCCAGUCUCACUCCAUCUUUGAGCAGGGCCCAGCCGAAAUGAUGAAGAAAAAAGGGAACUGGGAUAAGACAGUGGAUGUAUCAGACAUGGGACCUUCUCACAUCAUCAACAUCAAAAAAGAGAAGAGAGAGACAGACGAAGAAACUAAACAGAUCUUGCGCAUGCUGGAGAAGGACGAUUUCCUCGAUGACCCCGGGCUGAGGAACGACACUCGAAAUAUGCCUGUGCAGCUGCCGCUGGCUCACUCGGGGUGGCUUUUUAAGGAAGAAAAUGACGAACCAGAUGUUAAACCUUGGCUGACUGGCCCCAAGGAAGAAGACAUGGAGGUGGACGUACCUGCUGUGAAAGUGAAAGAGGAGCCACGAGAUGAGGAAGAGGCCAAGAUGAAGGCUCCUCCCAAAGCAGCCAGGAAGACCCCAGGCCUCCCAAAGGAUGUAUCCGUGGCAGAGCUGCUCAGGGAGCUGAGCCUCACCAAGGAGGAGGAACUGCUGUUUCUGCAGCUGCCAGACACCCUCCCUGGCCAGCCGCCCACCCAGGACAUCAAGCCCAUCAAGACAGAGGUGCAGGGUGAGGAUGGACAGAUGAUGCUCAUCAAGCAGGAGAAAGACCGGGAAGCCAAGCUGGCAGAGAAUGCUUGUACCCUGGCUGACCUGACAGAGGGUCAGGUUGGCAAGCUACUCAUCCGCAAGUCUGGAAGGGUGCAACUCCUCCUGGGCAAGGUGACUCUGGACGUGACCAUGGGAACAGCCUGCUCCUUCUUGCAGGAGCUGGUGUCCGUGGGCCUUGGAGACAGUAGGACAGGGGAGAUGACAGUCCUGGGACACGUGAAGCACAAACUUGUAUGUUCCCCCGAUUUUGAAUCCCUCUUGGAUCACAAACACCGGUAAAAUGAGCAGAUGGAGGAGGACGGUGCCUGUGCCCACGGCUGCUGCCUGCUCCAGACAUUUUGUUCUUGAAUCUGUGAGACCCAGAAGGGGCCCACUGAGCCCACCCACUCCAGCCUUUGGCAGCCAUUGUCCCAGGUCCCCCAGGGCUUCCUCCCAUAGCAGCUGUAAAUGGCACAGUGAACCUUCCUGCAGCAUGGAGAUGGCACAUCCUUGCUGCUGGGGACUUGGCCCUGCUAUUUAUUUUUGUAUUUAUGUCUUAAUCUCAUCCACUGAUGCAUCCUCCCAAGGUAGGUGGGGAGGGUCUGUGAGUAGGGGCUGGCUUCUCUUGGUGCCUGCUGGGCCGCCAGGGCAGGAAGUGUGAGGACUGCAGCUUCUACUGGUGCUCCCUCCUUCCUCCCAGAGGCAGCAUAGGAGAGAGAGCAAGGAUUGAGUCUGAGACUUAAGCUCUCGGUCCAAGCUGGCCACUUCCUGGUUCUGUGUCCUUGGACAAACUACCUAACCUUUCUGAGCCUCCUAUUCCUCAUCCGACACAAAUGGGGAUGAUACCUACCUCCCAGGGUUUGGGUGAGGAUUCAUGGGCUGUUAUAGAUGAAAACUGCACAAGGCCACGCACAAGGCCAGAACCAGCAGGCGCUCAAUAAAUAUUCAUGUCCUUUUUCUCUA